AUGUCCACAUUCUUUGAUGAAAUGCCAAAGUCAUUUACUGACGUUAAAUUAUCACCAGAAAAUAAAAUAGAUACAGCAGAUUUUUUAGAAGCUUCAGAACAAUUAGUUAAAUUAUUCGACUUAUUAGGUUCAACAGCUUUCGUAGUUGUACAAAAUGAUAUGACUGGUAAUAUUAAAAAAAUAAGAACUAAAUUAUUAGAAGAUCCAAUAAAUUGUUCAGCUUUACAAGAUUUAGUAUUAGUUGAAUCUACAACAAAAACAAAAACUGCAACUCAAGGUCUUUUAUGGUUAUCUCGUGGAUUACAAUUUACUGCUCAAGCAAUGAGAGAAACUUUAGAUCAACCAACAAAAGAAUUAACUUCAACUUUUACUGAUGCUUAUGGAAAGACAUUAUCAAAAUAUCAUGGAAUUUUAGUUAAACCAGUUUUUAAAUUAGCAAUGAAAGCAUGUCCUUAUAGAAAAGAUUUCUUUGCAAAAUUAGGUGCUGAUCAAAUUAAAGUAAAUGAACAAUUAUCUGUUUGGUUGAAAAGUUUAGAACACAUAGUACAAAUUAUUUUUGAUUUUUUCACUUCUGGAAAUUAUGGUAAAGGUUUAUAA